AUGGAUUUGGCUACGAUUUCAAUUUUGCUUUUUGAAUCAGUUUAAGAAGGGAUAGGAUAGUUAUUAACAAUUUCAUUGAUAGUUGGAUUUGGAUUAUUUGUUAUUUUGCAACAACUGUUAGUUUAUACAGAGUGGAAAUUAAAUAUGAAAUACAAAUUAAAUUUGAUAUCAUUUUUAGGGAAGAUCUUGAUAGUGUGGUUUGGAGAUGUAAAUUUAAGCACAAAUCAAAAUCUAUUGAUAUUGUUUUAAAUAUUCAUGACAUCAGAAUGUUAUAAAGGGAAGUCAUUAUAAUAUUCAUUCAUUUUCAUGAUGGUUCUAAAUUUAUUCAAAUUCAAAUAGUUUAUUAAUUUUGGAUAUGAUUAAGUCAUAAACUCAAUGUAAAUUAUUAUACUGAUUGUUUAAAACUUUUAUUAAGUAAAAAAGUCAGAAGAGAAAUUUCAACAAUCUUACGCCUAAGUAUCAACAGGAGGAUAAUUAUAGUAAACAUUUGCUAUGAUUUAAGAAUCAAGAAGAAGCAUGCCAAUGAUACAAUCAUUAAAAUUGGGAGAAGAUGAACCAUGGUUAGAUCAGUAAGUAUAUAGAUUCUAAUUAGUAAAUGGUUAUAAUAUGAAAAAUAUUUGGUAUUGGAAAGAGACUUAAAAUUGAAAUUCUAUAAUUUUGAUAUCAAUAUUUUUAUAAAAUCAUAAGAAUUAGAAGAAGAUUAGAAUGAAAUUAUUGAUUAAUUAUUAAAUUAAGGAGUCAAGUUUAUAUCAAGAGUAGACAAUAGUUAAUAAUCUCUAAUGUGUUCAAAAGGAAUGAUAACUUUAAGAUAAGUAUUAGAAAAUUAGGUACAAUCACAAAGUAAUUGUGAAAAUUACUAUUAAACAUUUUAAAUGCAAAGUUAAACAUUAGACAUUCAUAAAUAUCUACUUAAUGUUUUUGGUUUAAUUGGUAGAUAAUAAAUGUACUAUAUAUUACAUUUUUAAUUGGUUCCAAAAUUAGCUAUAGAAAUUAACACUAAUAUUUUUGAUAUGUGUAAAUCACUUUCUCAUGAACUUGGAACUAAUCUAAAUUGCAUACAAAGUUUAUCUGAAAUUGCAUUACAAAAGUCUUCUAUUUCAUAAGAUAUUAAAUAGCAUAUUAUAUAACCUAUACUUACAAGUAGUUAAUAAUUAAAUCUCAUCAUAUCCAAUAUCAGAGAUUAUAGUUCUAUUGAAACAGAUCAAUUUUAAUUAAGUUUAUCAACUUUCAAUAUUCUUGAAGAAAUUAAAGCCAUUGUUGAUUUCUUUUAACUCACAUGCCAAUAAAAAAGAAUCGAUUUAAUAUUACCUACUGAAUCUUGUAUCUUUUGUACAUAAUUAGUUCCCAUUUUCAAUGAUCGAGAUCGAUUUCGCCAAGUCAUCUUUCAAUUAGUUUCUAAUGCUGUUCGUUUCACCAUCACUGGCACUAUUUAAAUUUCCAUCAAAUUAAACGAUUUUACAUAUGAAAUUCUUGUUAAAGAUACUGGAAUAGGAAUGGUUAGCAAUUCAACAUUUACAUUAGGCUAGUCAAGAGGAGAAUAAUCUUAGGAGAAUCUUAGAAUAUAAGGUAAUGUUGAGAGUUUCAGAAAAUAGUAUAGGUUCAAGUUUAGGGCUUUUUAUCAGCAAUUUACUUGUUAAAAAAAUGAAUGCUGAUGAAGAUAGUAAAAUUCAAUUCACUUCAAAUAAAUCAGGAUCCAUCUUCUAUUUCUUCAUAAAAAAUCUCUCUGAAUUUAAAGAUAAUUUUGAGAAAUGUCAAUCUAAUAGAUUACAUAGAACAAUUGUAAAAUUUUAAACAAUAAAUUCUUAUUAUGAGAAUAUCAAUGAUGUUCCAAUAAAGUUUGGUUAACCAACAAUAAAAUCAAUAAUGAGUGGUCAAUCGAAUUAAGAUGAUGCAAAUUUAACUGUAUAUUCUAAAGAAUUUGAUGAAAAUAAAUAAAUUCUUCAACCUUUUCAAACAAUUGUACCUUAACUUUAAGAUACAAUCCAAGGGUAUUCUCUAAAAAGUACAUGUUGUUCUAGAGUUUUAAUUGUUGAUGAUGAAUACUUUAAUAUAAUGACUUUGUAAAUGUUAAUGUAAUAAUUUUUUGCAAUAUGUGAUAAAGCAUAUAAUGGAAUGGAAGCUCUUGAAUAAAUAAAUAAUAAAUUAACUAAACCUUGUCCCAAAUGUAACAAUAGUUGGUAUCAACUCAUAUUCCUUGAUAUAAAUAUGCCUAUUAUGGGCGGAAUUGAAACUGUCAAAAUUAUUAAAAGAAUGAUGCACAAUCGCAUUAUUAAAAAGGUUUAUGUAAUUGCCAACACUGGUUUUAGUGAUUUAGAAACUAAAGAAAAAGCUUAUGAUGCAGGAAUUGAUUACUUUAUGACCAAACCCUUAAAUAUUAUGGCUUUCAAGAGUAUUGCCUCCAAAAUAUUCCCAAGAGGAUGA